AUGUCGCUCACGCACCCUACGCGGCGAGUCGCAGAGCUCAGGGAGGGGGCCUCCCUUUUACCGCCUCCUCAAGACCCUGAUUCGCAGCUCCCCAGUAGUAAACGGCUCCGUCUUGCAGAGCCUGGCAGUGUUUCUGAGGUGGAGUGGAGGCUUCCUUUGGUGCCUCGGUUGUCUGAGGUAGAAAGGGUCUGGGAGUUGCCACCGAGACCCUUCAAGGCGCCCCUUCUUUCAGCCAACGUGACUUUCGAUAACUCUACAGACUUGAGUGUGGAGAAAUCAGCCAGUGGGAAGCAGAUAUGCAGUCUGGGAUGCCGAAAUAGCAAAUAUGAGAUGAAUAGUUGUGUGCAGUCUCCCUCAUCACAAAGUUUUGAUUCCGGCUCGAGAACUCCCCGAAGUUCUUCUGAACCAGGACUGUCUGUUAGGGAGGUUUUCAGCGUGCACUGCAGUGAUAGAUCCCAAACAGAGGUCGGCCAGCUUUUCCCCAACGCCUCUUUACACGAUAUACAUGGAGCGAAAAAUGAGGAUGGAAGACAAUAUUUAGUUCAAGGGAGACACAGUCAGAAAAAUAAUUAUUUAAAACAGACGGAAAAUCUAUUUUUGGAUGUUACCUUUUACAAGGAAACUAAAUCGACACUUCACAAAAUUAAGAACAAAUAUAAAGCUGACAGUGUUAUGCCAUCAAACAAAAAAGAAAAUAACAUUUCAGCAUCUACGCUAAAAAUAUCAAAACCUCAACACCAGCCCAGCAUGGAAAUUGCCAAACCCAGCUAUUUUAGAGAUAGCAGCACAAUAAGCAUCUCUGAGUUUCCAACUGAUUUAAAUAGCAAAAUGUCCCCUGUCUAUUUAAAGGAAAUAGCAAAGAAGAAGAAUGACAAAAAUGAGACAUAUGUUAGGGAUUUCACAAACAUUUACUGGUCCCAAAAUAGAUCGAAUGUUAAGAAGCAAAAGUUACAGGAUGAUAAAAAAGUUGUGGAAGCAGAAAAUGUUUUUUCUGAAUGUUAUGAAAGUAAACAUCAGUCACUCAGCAACCGAAGUAUUUGUGUGAGAAAAAAAGACUCGAUCAGUGUACACUACUAUAAUCACAGUAGUAUUAAGUCUGAUGUAAGACACCCUGAAAAGAAUUUUACUACAAAACUUCAAAAUGCAAAUUGGGAAGAAGCAGAAACAUGCCUGGACAGUUACGUAUCUACCAGAUUAGAAAAAUUUCAAACCUGGGACUAUAAUAUUAGACACAUUUUGAGAGAAAAUAGAGAAAAUAGUUGGAUUAUGGAUAAUUAUAAAACUAACUGUGAAAAUAUGAAAAAAACUGGUAUCAAUUUGCUACACUUAUUAGAAAUAGAUCUUUUAAGCCAGGAAGAUUAUUAUAAUACGAAAUCUAUGAAUAUGCAUGAACAAUCAAAGCUGCUCAUGAUAGGAACACUGGGUAGCCAAAAAGCUUUAAUAACUUCUUUUUGGUUAAAUGCUAAAGGAGAAAACAAUAAUAUGGUACAGCUGAAAUAUUAUGCAACACAAAAAGACUUUAAUUUAAGCAAUAUUUUUGAGCAUUUCAUUACAAAAAGUUUUUAUUUCUGUAUAAGUAUUUCAGGAAAUGAAAAAGAUCAUAGUAUUUUAAGCUGGUAUGAAAUUUUGAAGUGUAUAAAGCAAAUUGAUGUUCAAAAUCUAAUAACUAGGAACAUAAAUGCCAAUAGAAAGAAUAACAUUUUAAGCAUAUAUUCACAAACCAAUGUUUCAGAACCUCUAAAUGUCACAUUGAAAACCAGCAUAGCUUCUUUGCUCAAUAACUUUGACUCUUUAACCACAAUUGAAUACGAUCCAAAAUUAGAAGAGGGAUGCAUUUUUAACUGGAUAGUGUAUUUGAAUUAUCCAAGAAAUAUUAUGGUGGAAAAUCAUAUUGUAUAUCUAGGAAAGACUUUAGAAAAGACUUUUCUAAGACUGUUAGAAUAUAAUGCAAAACCUAUGUUAGAGAAAAGAAAGCUAUUUGAAAGUGAACAAGUUUUUGAAGAGUCUAUGAAAAAAUCCAUCAGUUCCUUUAGUAUGGCAACUAAAAAUAUACAUUUUCCAAUUUUUGAAAUAUAUGAAAAAAUUCCUCUUUUAAUGGACUUUGAUGACAUGGAUGAAAUUUCUCUGACAAAAGAAAUUAGUUACAAGAAGAGUAAGAGCUGUCCUGAACAAGUCAUGGAUAUGGAAAAUUGGACUCACUGUAAUACAAAUACUGUUAAAACACAUGUAAAAUCUCUUACUCAAUUCAUACAGAACCAAGAAUACAUUAAUGAAAAAUUUUAUGAAAUCAAUAACCACAAUCAAGAUUUAGAUACUGAAAGAAAACAGGAGCAUAAUAAGAUCAGUAGCUUUAAUUUGAAGUCCAUAUUUGAAAAUUUCUUCAGUAUCAAUCAACAAGCCAUACUGACAAGCCACAACAUAAAACAUGGUGAACAAACCGAUUCCACAAUUAUAACUCAGACGUUAAAUUUUGGAAGUUUGCUCAGAAGUAACCUUGAAGGGAAAAAAGAUGACUUGAUUUGGAAGGAGGAAGAAAAAGUCACAGCACAAAGUUUAACAAACAGUUGCCAAGUUCAUAAAGAUAUUAAGAUUAAAAAGGAAGAGAAAAAUAGUUUUUAUUCAAUGGAUGGCAUGUUUUCUACGCAACCAGUUUCCUUAAAGAGUAAGAAAAUAAAUGUGGAAGAAACUAAAUACGUUAAUCAAAAUAAUCUAGCUGACAGAAAUGAAUAUGAGAGUAUUUUGCAAGAAAGUGAGUUAGCUAAUUCAAAGCAUUUUCAUCCAAAGAAUGACUCUACAGAAUGUGUUAACAAUCAAUUUGAAACUGAUUUGAGUNNAGGGAACAAUGAAUGUUUUCAGAAGUUAGCUGCCAAAUGUUUAUCAACAGAAAAUCUGACAAUAACCAAAGAUUUUGAGAUGAAGAGUAAAUUUGAUUUAGUACUUGAAGAACUUCGUAUGUUUCAUGAAAUUAGUAAGAAAAAUGAAAUUCUAAGCACUGUGGAAACAAACAAUGGGCAAGGAAAUUACUUUGGAGACAGUAAUGAUGUUGAGGAGGUAAAAAUGGAGAUAAAAAAAGAUUUGAAAAUGGGUACAGUCAACAAAAUAUGUGCCUCUUCUUUGCUCCAUAAUACUAUAUCAGAUCCUAACAUGCAUAAAAGGCACCAAAGUUUAUUUAAAUGGACAACAGUACCCAAAAACAGAGAACAGGAAGUUCCUAAUGAAUAUUGCUGUCCAAGAACAUCAGAGGAAGAAUUACUCUAUUCUAUUUCUGAGGAAGAUUGCGAGAAACCUUCACCUAAAAGACCUGCUUUUUGCUCUGAUGAAUUUAAGGAAGAAAAAUUUAAUUAUUUACUGAAGAGAGGUAGUAAUUUUUCACAUGGAAUUUCAAGAGUACUACCUCUUAAGACAUGCAGCCGACCAAUCAGAAUUGGUUUGUCAAGAAAAGCUAAGCUUAAACAACUUCAUCCCUACCUCAAAUAA